GGCAGCCGAGGAAGAAAAGUGCCGCCGGCGGUGGCGGUGGCGGCGGUGAUGCUGUUGCAGAGAUCGCCAAGGAGACCCGACGGCCCUGGCGUCGUCGUGGACGACCGGCGGGGACACGGCAGCCAGCAACGCCCGCGCCGCGCAGCAUGCCCUGGGGGGUUGGCUUCGCCUCGUCCAGGUCGUGCGUGGUGGAUCUAAGCCGGAAUCAGAGCCUGUGGUGCGCGGGAUCCGACGAGCGCUUCUCCUUUUAUGGGGAGAUCAUCGCCUUCCCUCUGCAGGAUUACGGCGGGAGCAUGGCAGGGCUGGGCUCUGAUUCGUGGUGGAAGAAAACCCUCUACCUGACGGGGGGAGCCCUGCUCGCCGCCGCGGCGUACCUGCUCCACGAACUCCUGGCCAUUAGGAAAGAGCAAGAGGUUGAUUCGAAAGAUGCUAUCAUACUGCAUCAGUUUUCAAGGCCAAACAAUGGUAUUCCCAGUUUAUCUCCUUUCUGUUUGAAAAUGGAGACUUACUUGAGGAUGGCUGAUUUGCCCUACCAGAACUACUUCGACGGAAAACUUUCCCCUCAAGGGAAAAUGCCGUGGAUCGAGUACAAUCGCAAAAAGGUAUCCGGCACAGAGUUCAUUAUUGAUUUUUUGGAAGAGAAGCUUGGAGUGAAUUUAAACAAGCACCUUGGCCCACAUGAGAGAGCCGUUUCUCGAGCCGUAACCAAAAUGGUGGAGGAGCAUUUCUACUGGACCUUGGCCUAUUGCCAGUGGGUGGAUAAUCUCCAUGAGACUCAGAAGAUGCUUACUCUUAGUGGCCCCUUUAGCGACUUGCUGAAAUGGAUCCUGUGCCACAUAACAAAAGGAAUUGUGAAACGGGAAAUGUAUGGUCAUGGCAUUGGGCGCUUCUCUGAGGAAGAGAUAUAUCAGCUGAUGGAGAAAGACAUGCGCUCUCUAGCAGGUCUUCUGGGUGACAAGAAGUACAUCAUGGGGCCCAAGCUCUCCACUUUAGACGCCACGGUCUUCGGGCAUCUUGCACAGGCAAUGUGGACAUUACCAGGAACUAGGCCUGAGAGACUAAUUAAAGGAGAACUGAUUAACCUUGCCAUGUACUGUGAGAGAAUAAGGAGGAAAUUUUGGCCAGAGUGGCACCAUGAUGAUGACAACACUCUGUAUGAGUCGGAAGAGAGUAGUGAAGCGAGUAAAACUCAACCCUUGCAGGACUUCAGUUUUUACUCUAGGACAGAAACAUUUGAUGAUGAAGUCACCGAGAAUAGUUUUUCCCGAACCCCCGAUACCGAUUACACUGGGCAUUCCCUCUUUGAUUCAGAUGUGGACAUGGACGACUACACAGAUCAUGAACAAUGCAAGUGAGGGGCCUCCAAAAUGCUUCUCUAUCUUGUGUCAGAAAUGCCGUCACCUCUUGGGAAUCCUGUCAAUUUCCCCAGGUUCUAAGGAGGCCCAGGUUGGUUGGGAAGAGACCAUUGUGCUUGAUGCUGUUUCCAUAUGCCAUUUGGACUUUUUCAGCAUUUUUGCCUUUCGUUCAAGCAUUCCGAUGGAUCCUAGACAAACAGUGUUUAAUUCUGCUCCACAAGAUGGUGAAAAGUUGACAAGGAAGGUAAUGGGUGAGGUGGGAUUAAUGUAGGGGAAAAAAAGGGGGGAGGGAAGAAAAGACAACAUUC